UGGAUCAGGAGGAUUUCAAAUCUGGACUCAGACUGGAUCUUUGGAACUUAUAUCCCAUAAUGCAUCUCCAAUUGUGAAGCAAUCUCCAGUCUUUUUUGAAACCAUCCAAGAAGAACAAGACUCGUAUAAAGACAAUCUUGGGAAACAUGUGAAUACUCCCCGAUCACAAGAUUAACAGGAGAACAUGGAGCAGAUGACGAUUUGAAAAAUACAUUUUGUUGCCAAGACUGUAGUCACCUGAAAGGUUUGACGCCUCAAAAGUUGACAGAUAAUAAAGACAUAUGACAUGAGAUCAUGGCUUUAUUUAGCAACCACAGGCUAUUAAACACAGGCGCCGUCACCGACUCUCUCAUUCAUCUGUGAACUACUUCCACGGUCGUGAACACAACGAAAGCCACACUGGUCCAACACACGUCUCUCUGCCGCAGGAUCCGGCCCCCACACCUGGGAUGGAGCUCUCUGGGAGCCAUCCACACGCCUCACUGGUUACAGCUGAACCUCAGGGCACCCACAUGUGGCUGGUGAUCUUCUCUGUGCCGCUGCUCUCCGCGUUGAUGUCAGGACGCUGCCGUCGCUGGAUCUCAGCCUGGAGCGGUGGGCUGAAGGCCUGGACUCUGAAGCUGCUGCGAGGACACAAGAGCGUGUGUGUCCGCAGCACGCACGCCUUCGUCUUCACUCACUGCACACACGGCCGGGCCGACAGCGUCCUGGAGACCUUCGACCUCUACUCGGACUCCCACCCCUCUGACUGGAUUGGACCCAAGACAGGCGAGAUGCUAGACGAGGUGGUGCAACGUCUCCGUCCCUCCAGAGUUCUGGAACUGGGCACCCACUGUGGUUACACUUCGGUCCGCCUACUGCGUCAGAUGCCGCCGACAGGUCGGCUGGUGACGGUGGAGAAGGACCCGCUCACAGCAGAGCUGGGUGAGGAGAUCAUCAUGGUGGCGGGCUUCAAACACACUCAGUUCCAGGUGAUAACCGGCAGCUCAGGCGACAUCAUCCCGGACCUGCAUGGGGUUCUUAAUCCCUCCCCCGAGACCACCAACCACUUCGAUCUGGUACUCAUGGAUCAUGACCCACAGCUCUAUUUUCAUGACCUUCUGGCCCUGGAGCGGGAGGAGCUGCUGUGCCCGACUGGCUCCAUUGUCCUGCUGGUCUUCAGGGGUCCCGAAAGUAAAAGUAACAAACAACUGAUGAAUUAUUUGACCUCCAGAAAGUGUCAUUAUUCCAUCCACAGUUUGGUCCACUAGGACAGGAGUCUGACUGACGUCAUGUUCACCUCCCAAAGUGCACAUUAAACACGGGAAUACCAUGUUUUGACUCAGAAAUGUAGCGCAAACUAUUUCCUCUGGAGGGCGCUGUCAGCUUUGUAAAAAUAUGUGUUUCCAGAAAACAAGCACCAUUAAGUUUUUAGAAACAUUCUUGAAUAGAGAAACGACAGCUGU